GAUAAGUCGGAAUAUCAUUUUUUUAAAUCGACUUAAAGGAAUGCAUUACUGUAACCAGACCAUGGAAACACCUUAUUGUGCGUCCCAAAGCGUAGGGCCGGCAAAUCAGCUUUUCGCGACAUUGUUUCAGGCUUUGCUGACUGCACAAUGUUCAAUCUCACCACCAGAAAUGUGGCCAGAUGGUUAUGGCAAAGUUGCGGUCGGAAAAGAGAAAUUGGAAUAUGAUUUCAUUGUGACUGGAGCUGGAUCGGCUGGUGCAACCGUGGCGAGUCGUUUAAGCGAAAUUAGCCAAUGGAAAAUUCUAUUGCUUGAAGCUGGUGAUAAUCCUCCGGUGGAGUCAGAAAUCGUUGCCCUUUUCGGUUCAAUGAUGCGUUCAAAAUAUGAUUGGAACUUCAAAACUAACGCGAAAACUGCUUGCAAAGGUUUGGUUGGAGGCUGUUUUUGGCCUCGCGGUAAAAUGCUUGGGGGUUCUUCGAGUAUGAACUUAAUGCAGUACGUUCGUGGAUUUGAUCGUGACUUUAAUCGAUGGCGUUCGGAUGGAAACAGUGGCUGGAGCUACGAAGAUGUCUUGCCGUUUUUCAAAAAAUCCGAAUCGAAUCAGUGGAAACCGUUCGUUGAAUAUAGAAACGGAAGGUAUCACGGUAAGUCGGGGCCGAUGAAAGUGAGCUUUUACGGGGGUGAGAGUGCCUUUGGAAAAAUAUUUUAUGAGGCUGGCAUGGAGCGUGGAAUACCGUUCAUUCAAGAUAUCAAUGCUGAAGAACAUUAUGGAUUUUUGAAUGUUCAGGGAACUGUGUUCGAUGGUCGUCGCCAGAGCACUGCAAAGGCAUUUUUGAUUCCUGCCAAGAACCGUACCAACUUGCAUAUCAUCAAAAAUGCGUUUGCCAAAAAGAUACUAAUCAGCAAGAGAAACCGAGCCUAUGGCGUACAAUUCGAUUUGAAUGGGAAAACUUAUGUGGCGUCCGCUCGUAAAGAAGUGAUUUUAUCAGCGGGAACGAUUAUGAGUCCUGUUUUAUUGAUGCAAUCAGGUGUGGGUCCAAGGCAACAUAUGCUACAAAAUAAACUUGAUCUUAAGGUGGAUCUGCCAGUUGGUUCGAAUUUUCUGGAUCACGUGUACUCAAUGCUAUUUUUCGAAUUUAAUCCCACGCCCACGUCACCCACAAUGAAUUUGGAUAACAUUUACAAUUUUGCCAUUCACAACAACGGUCCUCUGUCCACAGCAGGAAUUCAACAACUUCUCUCGUUUGUAAACACCACAGAUUCUUCAAGCUAUCCAGACAUCCAAACCGAAUACCUUUGGCACACCCAAGACUCAUCGUCUCUUCCUAAUUAUAUAAAGCAGCGACAAUUUCGGAAAGAAGUGAGUGAAACAUUGAUGGCAAAAACGAAAAAUCAUAACAUUGGAGUGAUUCUCGUGGUCUUACUGCAACCGAAAUCGACUGGAGAAAUUCUUUUGAAUGGUACGUCGCCCUACAAUCCACCGAUUAUUGAUCCAAAUUACUUCCACGAGUCCGAAGACAUGAAAACAAUGAUUCGAGGCCUACGACAACAGAUUUCCUUUGUAGACACAGAAUCCUAUCGCAAGAACGGCGGCAAAUUGAUUAGAUUCCCAUUGAACGAGUGCGAUAAAUUCGUUUAUCAGUCCGACGAAUAUUUCGAGUGUUACGUUCAGUAUUUUGCCGCAACACUGUAUCACCCAGUGGGGACAUGCAAAAUGGGACGAAAAUCGGAUCCGAGUGCUGUGGUUGAUUCAGAAUUAAAAGUUCAUAAUGUGAGGGGACUCAGAACCAUAGAUGCUUCAAUAAUGCCGUACAUAACAUCCGGGAAUACGAAUGCGCCGACCAUUAUGAUUGCGGAAAAGGGUGCAGAUUAUAUCAAGCGUGAGCACCUGCAACAUUAAUUAUAUCUCUGGCGUAUACACUACCACUAUAUAGGGCACUAGUCUCCAGAUAUGUAUAGUCGAACACAUAUUGUUCUUUCAUUGAUUGACUCUUUUUUGAAUGAAAGAACAAUAGGUAUCCCACUUGUGGUUCAUGUUCGGAGACUGCACUCUACAUAGCAUUGCUCCUAGCAUGACCAUAGCUGAAAUGACAGUAUGCUCUAUGUUUCUUUUGUAAUAUUAAGCGAUAGGCUCGUAUCACUAAAGUGCCUCCGAAUUUGACGCUUGUUAAUGCUAGUAGUAGUGCUGUCCUAUUGAAAAUUGUGAAAAAUUACUUCAAGUCACGGACUUUCGGCUUCAUUGAGAUACGUUUUUAAACGAAAAACCUUACAAAUGAAUUUUGUUAAACUUUUUCUUUCUCGUUUUGGUAAAUUAGCACAAAAAUAUGUGCACUAACAGCCGUACGAUACAAACAUUUUCCACACAAAUCAAAAACAAAAAAAAACUUUACGAAAAGGUUCCGAAAUUAAUUCACUGCACGUACAAUUGCACACCACAUUGAUUUUCGAUUCAGGUCGGCUAUAUUAAAAAGCAAACGACUUACGAAGACUUAAUUAGGAAAUUCGAAUCGCAUUUUAAGUUAAUUGUUUCAAUUUUUGUAAAAAUACCAAAUUAACGCCACACAGAGGUUGAUAAACGUCUUAAUUAGGCUUGUAAAUUGAAUUUGAUUUAGAUUAAAAAAAGAAAAUGUGUCGGUGAUGUGUGUUUCAUGUUGAAAUUAUAUAAGUUGUUUGCAUUUUAUUACAUUUGGGACAUCGAAAGUGUAGUUUAUAGACUGAUUAGAAUUUAUAUUGACUUUUUUCUGUUAUUUAGUAUUCCGAAGCAGUCGC